AUGCAAAUUUUCGUCAAGACCUUGACCGGUAAGACGAUCACCCUCGAGGUGGAGUCUUCCGACACUAUCGACAACGUCAAGUCCAAGAUCCAGGACAAGGAAGGUAUUCCUCCAGACCAGCAGAGAUUGAUCUUCGCUGGUAAGCAGUUGGAGGAUGGCAGAACCUUGUCUGACUACAACAUCCAGAAGGAGUCCACCUUGCACUUGGUGUUGAGAUUGAGAGGUGGUGGUAGAAAGAGAAAGAAGAAGGUGUACACCACCCCAAAGAAGAUCAAGCACAAGCACAGAAAGCACAAGUUGGCUGUCUUGACCUACUACAAGGUCGACAACGACGGUAAGGUUGAGAGAUUGAGAAGAGAGUGCCCUAACUGUGGUGCUGGUAUUUUCAUGGCCAACCACCCUGACAGACAGUACUGUGGUAGAUGUCACACCACCUUCAAGCUUAACGCUUAA